GUGCAGCAAACAGCAACUAUCUUGGACAUGUCUUAUGCUCAAUGUUGUAAUUGUGUAUCUGUUUGUUGGUGUUCUCUUCCAACAUGUUUAUGUUUUGAUUAAAUUGGGACCUUCUUAUGAGUUAGCUUCACUUUUCACGCUGCUCUCAUGGAUCGAGGGAAUCUGCAGUUUGGUGCUCUUAGUGGAUGGGGUAUUCAUAAUGUGUGGCAUGGGUGCGCUAUUUAUGGUGGCAAUUAUAUUGGGGUUUCUCCUGAGCGUUGUUCUCCUCAUAUCAGGCAGCUUUUCCGUUGUUGUCUAUACUGAUGCGUAUGUUGUGGUUCGAGGUUUCUAUAGCGAAAAGUUGUAUCAUUAUGAGAUGACACACGAAUGCUGUGGCAUUAAUGGACCCAAGGAUUAUGGUGUUCCCAUCACCAAUGACACCUUACCCAUAUCUUGCUAUAGAAUCCUCAAAGCGCAGUCCGAUUAUCUCUAUACUCGCGGUUGUCUUUAUGCAUCCUCCAAUAACUGGUUCUGGUUUAUAUUCUCCAAUUGUUAUUGGUUCGCCUUUACUCUCAUGAUUAUCGACAUUAUCUGUCACUUUAAGCUAAGGCAGCGCAUCUAGAGAAUUUUCACGAGCUCUUCAGCAUCAAUCAAAUCAAUCGACAUCCAUUCAAAAUGUAUCUAUAUCACUUGCCUUUAGUUAAAGCCAAUUUCGGUGUCCAGGCGGUGCAUUUCUAACUGAAACCACACACAUAUUGAAUCACAGUCUCAGUUUGCACCACCAGCAGUUGAGUUUUUGACUAGAAUGCGUCGACGACGCCCACGGUUCGGCCACAAAAGCCAACAAAAAAGCUAUUAGCCAUUAACAACGGCGGCCCACAGCAUCCGCCAGGCGUUGGUUAACCACAAAAUAUCGUUGUCUUUUCAACAAAUACAGCAACAACUGCAACAGAAACAACAACAAGGGGCAGCUACAACGGUGCAAAUGCCUUUUAAUUUGUCAAAGCCUAAAAUAUGAAAAUUAAAUGAGAAACCAAAG